AUGUCGGAGGGAACAAAAAUCAAUAGUAAUAGUAUGGAAGUCGACAGCCCAGAUUACACCCCAUCCGUCGACACUGUUGAUACAGCCAAGCCUGAAAUGAAGAAUGUACUGAAUUGUGAAGAAAGCGAAGUCCAAGACUAUCCAUCCGCCAAUACAGAAAACGGGCGUCAAAUGGGACAUCCAUCAAUCCUUGAUGAGGCCAGGAUACAAUCGGAAGGAAAGAACGACAUCGAAGAUGCACAAAUGACAGAUCCAAACGAAGACGGUACCGGUCCCGAAUCAGUUUUAAAAGAAGCCAAACCGAAUGGCAUGAACACUGAACCUGCUCUACCCAACAACAUCUCUGAGAAAAUCAAGUCUGGCCCAAAGACCCCAAAAACGAGCCAAGAGUUCAUCGAAGACAUCGUAAUCCGCUUCGCUAGCUCCAGAGAACACCAGCUCUCUGCUGAUGCUUCUCCUGAAGAGAAAGCCCGUGUUCGCCAGAAAGUGCUAAACGACAAGGAGACGCGCCACCGACUCAUCUUCCAGCAGUGGCCGCGCGCGCCGAAAGGCGAAAUCCUCCGCAAGGAGAACAGCGAGCUGGGGAAGAUGACGCCGAACGGCCAUGAGCUCUGGGGCGCGUCGCUGCUGGACUUCUACUUCGUGAGGCGGAUUCCGGACUUGAUGGGCUUAGAGACGUUGACAACGGGUAGCAAGAUGCUCGCCUGGGUAAGGAAGCACGGAGAGGUCGAGUUUGCGAAGGAGUUUGUCCGCAACACGGAAAGGGAACCGGACCCGGAGAAGAUCGAGCCGUAUGACAUUGCAAAGGCGAUCAUGGAAACUGAACAGGAAUUGCGAUGGCGGCUGGGCUUGGUCGGCGUAGAAUGGCAUCCAACGGGACCAGUGUUCCAGCCGGACGCUUAUCCUCCAAGGUGGCCAAGGGGGCCUUUAUUCGAAGUCGCCAACCAGUACGUCCCUAGCCUGCAAAAGUACAUCCCGCACACUCUGUUGCCCUCUCGACUCGUUGUACACGACCCGUGGAACGUGCUCACUGUGACGAACAAGAGUCGUGAUUGGUGGAACGCCGAGAGAAAAUGGUCAGAGGACGACAUGACCUACAUAUACAAACUCUCCAGCAAUCAUAAUACCCCGUCGAAGAAGCAGGACGAGAAAGACAGAGUCGCGAAGGAGAAGCACAAGAAGGUACUGGAAACGUUCCUCGCGGACCCGCAUACACGCAACGAGCUUCCAGACGGAGUGAUGGUCCAGACAGACAACAAGAUUGGCACGGGAAACCAUUCCCAUGUGUUCAAGGCACGCUGGGAGUUGCCACGAUCCUUCCUUGUGAAGGAAGAGCUCUGCAUGACGUGCGUAAUGGACGAUAUGGCUGAGCAGCUGAAGGAACAGGAGGGUGAUGAAGCGAAGUCGCACGGGAUGUGUGGCGUAUAUGUUUGCAAGGUUGAAUCGAGACCGGAGGUGGUGACGACGAUGGCGAACGAGGACGGCGAGGAGCAACAGUACAUCCUCGAAGAAGGGCACUACUCCGAGAAGAUGGUUUACGAAGGUCUUCUUCUCACUCGAGUCAAGUACCAGAACCUCGAGCGCGGCGCAUACUGCGAGCAUAUCCGGGAGGAAGAGAGGGCUAUCCACCCCCUCACUGCUACAGUUAGCGUCGCUGCAAAACUGUCGAUGGAAUGCGAUAACCAUCUGGCAAGAGAAGCAAAUAACUACCAGAGUUUCCCUCGACACUUCUGGGAACAUUGGAGCGGCUAUAACCUCAUCCUUCCCAUUCACGACCCCGUCCCGAUCGGUCCUCUGGCACCACAGUUCUAUGGGUAUUAUGUUCCCGACGAUGAUGCGAUGGAGAAAGAGGCGAAGGAGGCCGCUCGCCAAGUGACACAGGAGCAACAAAUUUCGACCGGCGGUCGUGGAAAUCCGGAAGCAGCAAAGGCAGAGAAUCAGGAGAAGGACGACCCAAUGAAUGACGAUGAAUCUCUUUCCCUUGAGGCUGGAGAGGCGAAAGAGCAAGGCGACGACAUCGAAUUGAAUGCCCAGAACAAUGGGGAUGGAAGUGCCGAUCGUGAUUCCGGAGAGGUGGCGAUGGAUGCGUCGGACGAGGGCGUUAAAGAUGUCCAAAUGGCCGACGCAUCAGCUGAGGAUUGCGCCCGUGGAUCCGAAGAGCCCAAGUUGCAAAGCGAGAAGCGGGUAGACCAAAAUACGGGAGACAAAGUUGAAACCUUUAAUGGCGAGAAGAAGGUGGAAGCUUCGAAAGAAGGGAGGGAGGACCAAAACAACGAUGUCUCAAUGGCCGCAGAAUCCCAUCCUGUCUCUAAACCCCCGCCUGUUCCCAAACCCAGAGUUCGACCAGAGUACCUCAGCUCGUCGAGGACUGUGGUGAACCGAUUGAACCAGAAUCGCUGA